AUGGCCUGUGCCAACAAGCUAGACGGUAGUCCAGAUUGCAAAUUAGGCUGCAAUUUGGAUAGCAGAUCAAGUCGCAGAGAUUCAAACGGAGAUCCAGGUGGAUCAAACAGGUGGUUCAGAAGCCUGCCAGCUAACUUUGGACGACUGUCAGCCUUGAGGACGCUCGAGCUGCGGGAGAACAACAUGAUAACGUUGCCUAAGAGCAUGAGCCGUUUAGUGAACUUGCAGAGGCUCGAUAUCGGUAACAAUGACUUCACGGAGCUGCCUGAAGUUGUGGGAGAUCUCAUCAAUCUCACGGAGUUGUGGAUUCACGGCAACGACAUCAGGCGUGUCCCGGCGAAUGUCGAGCAGCUCUAA